GACCACAUACUCACUGACAUGACAAACUCUUCUUCCUCAAUUGUCUUCCCAAAGUGACACAAUUGAGCAAGAAAGGAGAAAGACAGGGAAAUCAAUGGCUUACUUAACCUUAAAAGCUGCAGCCUAUUUCAGCCCUUCAAUCAGCUCUUCAAGUGAGACUUACCUCCCUUUUUCACCCUCCAAGCUCCUCAAGCUCCCUCCCUUCUGGCCAUGGGAAAAGGUGAAGGUGGGUCCGCUGAGUGUGUCUCCAAUGGGGUUUGGCACUUGGGCAUGGGGCAACCAACUUCUCUGGGGGUACCAGGAAUCAAUGGACAAUGAGCUUCAACAGACUUUCAGUCUGGCUGUGGACAAUGGCAUCAACCUUUUUGACACUGCGGACUCCUAUGGCACCGGCAGGUUGAAUGGAAAGAGUGAAAAACUACUUGGAAAGUUCAUCCGAGAGUAUCAAGGGCAAAAGAGGCUGCAGAAGGACAUUGUAAUUGCUACCAAGUUUGCAGCCUAUCCUUGGCGCCUAACACCGGGGCAGUUUUUGAAUGCUUGCAAUGCCUCGAUAGAUCGUAUGCAGAUUGAACAAAUUGGAAUAGGACAAUUACAUUGGUCAACUGCAAAUUAUGCUCCUUUGCAAGAAAAAGCUCUUUGGGAUGGGUUGGUUGCAAUGCAUGACAAGGGUUUAGUUCGAGCUGUUGGGGUCAGCAACUAUGGACCGAAGCAGCUUGUGAAGAUCUACGAUUACCUCAAAACCCGGGGAGUCCCCUUAUGCACAGCUCAGGUGCAAUUUUCUUUGUUAAGCGUGGGAGAAGAUCAGCUGGAGAUCAAGAAUAUAUGUGAUUCUCUUGGUAUCCGCCUGAUUGCUUAUAGUCCUUUAGGACUUGGAAUGCUUACUGGGAAAUAUACACCCUCUAAUCUUCCGCGUGGCCCUCGGGCCUUCCUAUUCAGGCAAAUUCUUCCAGGACUGGACCCUUUAUUCAGCUCACUUGAAGAAAUUGCACAAAAAAGGAGCAAAACCAUACCACAAGUUGCCAUAAAUUGGUGCAUUUGCAAAGGGACCAUUCCCAUACCUGGAGUGAAGACAGUGAAACAAGCAGAAGAAAAUUUGGGUGCUUUGGGUUGGCGCCUGAGUUCCCAAGAGUUGCUCCAGUUAGAAUAUGCGGCACGGGAGUCACCUCAAAAAAUGAUCCAAAACAUUUUCCAAACAAGAUGAAUUUGGACAAGAAGCUUUGGCAAGUUGUUGUGUUGAAACUUAAAACAUGGAAUACACGGGAGAAAUGAAAUUGAAAGUGCCCUUAACAAGAUCAGAAUGUGAAGAAUAAGUGGGGAAAGUAAGCAGGAAUGAGACUACUUAUUUGCUUUUGGUGUAAAGAAGCUGGGAAAACGAACAUUACUCAACAAAUAAUCACAACUGGUCAUAUUGGAAAGAGUAUCCCUAACUAAGCCUUGUCUUGUAUGCUAGAAUGUACGUUCUUAUUACUAUUCGCAGUAAUCACGGUCAUAUCCAAAUUAUA